AUGAUUGAAAAUCAUGAUGUGCUGAAUAUUAAAGAUCAAGAAAAUCUAAAAUUAGAGACCGUUCUCGUUAGUCCUGAGUUUCUUAUGGCAUGGAACAUCAAUGAUGAAGAUGUCAUCGAAUAUGUAACUAAAAAUAUCGAGGAAAUCGAGAGAUACGCAUUCCUCAUGAAGCCCCAAAGCGAAUAUAUGCUAAAUAGCAGAUGUUUGACGAUAUUACAAUGUCAAAAUAAACAAUUUUACAAAAAAAUCUUCAGAAUUCAUAAAUUCUUCGAUGUUAUAUUAGAAUAUGCGGCUAGUUUAGAUAAAUACACUUCGAAAAGUCAUAAAAACUUCUUUGAUACAAUAUCAUAUUUUAUCAUGUCCUCAGGAUUCAUAUUUUUCAAAAGAUUCGACUUUGUUACAUUCUUUUCAUCACUCUGUGAUCAUUUAAACUAUGAACCACCUGCAGAAUUCAUCAAAAACGUUUUAAGAAAUUUAAAUUUUCGUUCACUAUCAAUAUUCAAGCAUUCAACACUUAUUAACAUACUUAUUGACAAGUUCACAAACCAAUAUUCUACAGAAAACUACUCAUUAUCCAUACUAAUUCAAGGAUUUCAAAAUGAAUACUUCAUAAAACUAUUAAUUGACCCUUUAUUGACAUCAUUAGACAGUAUCAUCAAUACUACACUAGAAAACAAAAGCAAAGAAGGCGUAAUCUUUAUUGCAAAGUGUUUUUCUGUUUCAUUUCAAAAUCGAAAAAUUUCUGAAUGGAAAAAAGUCAGAGAAAUCAUUUUAAAUUCAUCCAAGAAAUUCCUGGAAACAUUGAAACAAGUCAGUUGUAUUUAUGAUGAUUGUGUUUGUAGGCUUCUUUUAAUGAUAUACACUCAAGAAGAAAUCAUUUGUAAUUCGGAAUUCAUUGAUUUCUCACGUGUAAUUAUUAAAUCAUUUAUUCUUUGUCCGCAGAACUCUUUUCUUGCGAAUUAUUCAUGUAGAGUUAUCAGACAGAUUUGUAGAUUUGAAACGAAGAUUCUUAUUUCAUUUAUUUAUGAUGUUAAUUUAGUUGAUUUUCUUAUUUCAGUUUAUACUGAUGAAAAUCAGUUGAUGACUUGCAACUGGAAUCAAAUAAGAGAUAUUGCGAAUACUAUUAGUCCGUAUAUUAAUUUGGAACAAAACGUUGAAUGGAAUCGUGUUUUGUUAUCUUUUCAUUUCAAAAAUCCUAGUUUUGUGCAUAUUUCGCAUAGGGAAACUAAUAUGAAACUAGUUGCACAAGAAAGUCAAGAAAAUGCUUUCGAAAUUGUUUGGAAUCGUAAUAAUGUUAUUAACUGUAUUUGUAUCCUUCUUGUUUUCUUUCUUAUUAUUUGGCUUUUCGGAUUUUAA